CACUCUGACCUGCAAAAGGCAGCAAUAUGCAACACAGCGUUCAGUCGGCCGGAAAUUCACACGAAGAAGAAGUUGGUUAUCAGUCUGAGGAAAAACCGUGAACUGGUCGCUGGUUGGAGAUUUCACUUUUUAUCCUGAAGGAAAGUACGUUGUUUCGUGGUGAAUGAGUAGAUCUCUUGGGACGGUUUAAUUCCUCCGGUUAGGGGUGUUUUAAAACUAGCAGUAUGUUCGGGAAGAAGAAGAGGGCUCCUUUGCCAAAGGGCCAGGGCGCAGCUGCAGCCAAACAGAUGGGUUUGUUUGUGGACUUCAACCCAGAGGAGAUGACGCAGGACAUGGAUGAUCCGACUGUGGAUGAUGCUGAUCUAGAGGCCGAGUUAUCGGCUCUCACUGGGGGCAAGCCUGCUGGAGAGAGACUAAAGCAGAAGGCCCCCUUACCUAUGGAGAAUAUAGCCCGAAUGGCAGAGGAGUGUAUGAAGGAUAUAUACGAUGAUGAUGAUGAUGAUGAUGAUGAUAACCUGGAAGAUGAUGAAGAUUUACUGGCUGAGCUGCAGGAAGUGGUGGGUGACGAGGAAACGGAGGAUCGUGUGACACCCACCUCCACGGAAGAGACUCCGCAUUCACCACCCCAGUUAGCAAGGGCUCCUCCUGCAGUACCUGGCAGUCUGCAGCACACCUUGGAGGAGAGGCUGAGUAUGUACCGGACAGCUGUAGCGCACGCCAAGGCCUCAGGGGAAUCGUCGAAAGCGCGGAGAUACGAAAGAGGGAUCCAGAGCCUGGAGUCCAUGCUGGUCUCAUUGAAGAAGGGGAGGAAGGUGGAGGAGGCUGACAUCCCCCCCACCUGUAGCCGGUGGAGGAGCCCCCCACCUCCACCGUCCCCACCGUCCCACCACGACGUGCUCCUCCCCCUCCACCAUCUGUUCUCGAACCUGAACCGACGCCUCCACAACAGCAGGGGGAGCCGGAGGCUGCUGCUGCGACGUUACCUGUACCCGUCUCCCCUGAGGCAGUAUCACCCAGCAGUGAGGAGGAGCUUAGGCGAGGCCACCAAGGCGAUGCUGUUAGGCAGACAGAGAGAGUAUAAGGUGGCAGCUCUGAAAGCCAAGCAGCAAGGAGACAUGGAACAAGUCAAACUCUACUUCAGGACCAGCAAGAGGUUUGACGCGGUGAUCGAAGCGUUGGAGAAGGGACAGGAGGGGUCAUCUCGGCCUUGUCUGGCCCAGAAAACGAACCCGGUCCUGGACAGACCUCAAGCCCCAAUCCCCCUGCCUCCACACCUCCGGCCUCCUCUGCUGUCCCUGCCCAGCCUAAAAGAUGUGCUGGAGGCCCUGGAGCAGCGGCGAGACAGGUAUCAGGAGGCCUGCGCCCAGGCCAAAGCCAACGGAGACGACCGCAAGGCCCGUAUGCACGAGCGCAUCGCCAAG